AUGUUGACGUCGUCGUUCGUCUGUCCAGCUACUGUAUCACGCCCCUCUAAAGUCAGCAAGAUGCCGCUCUACGUCCUCCGAGUGUGUAUGGAGCACGCUACGUUCCGGAUCCCAUCGCUACUCUCGGUCGCGCAGCUGUACGGCUUCUCUAUCAAGUUCAUCUCGGAGGAUGCCGACAGGGGUAUCGUUGUGAUAGAGCUGGACGACGAUGAGGACGUUGACAAGCUCUUGGAAAGAGGUACACUGAUCUUACCAGCAGGAGAGAAGCUGCCACCUGAUCCGUAUGCGAAACCCUCCUCUGACUUACGGCUGACCAUGCUCAGUACCGCCAGCCGCCUUCUCGCACAGGCCGACUCGUAUGACCAGCUCCAUGCUUACUUGCACGAACAUCCGGAAGGGCUCAGGCCAUAUCUCGACAAGAACUUCAAGUUCUUCGUUGAGGGUAUCAACCACAGGAUACCCUCAAGCCGCCAGCGAAAGUCGAUAGAUGCUUUUGAACAGCAUGGGUACACCGGUAAGGCUGCGAUGAAGGAUCCCGAAGUCGAGUUCAUCAUCUACGAGGAGUAUGACCUGAACGAAGCGCACUCCCAUGAGAAGAGCCACCGGCUGGAACGAGAUGGCCAGUUCCGACAGGUGUACUUCUGUGUAAAAAUGGGCGAAUCGCGGGCUCGACCACUCAUCCAGGCUCACUCGGUCAAGACCAGGUCAUACUACGGCAACACGUCCAUGGAAGCAGAGAUGGGUUUCUUGAUGGCUGGACAGGCCUUGCCUGCACCAGGAAAAAUCGUCUAUGACCCCUUCGCCGGGACCGGAUCCAUGCUCUACUCGUGCGCUCACUGGGGAGCCACAGUCUUGGGUUCAGAUAUCGACGGCAGGCAAAUGAGAGGGAAGGGGCAGGGCAAAGGCUAUGUCCCAGGCGUAUAUCGCGCAGCCGAUCAAUACGGAGUGCGAGACAGAGUCCUUGACUGUAUGACUUUUGACAUCACAAGAGGUCCAUGGAGGAGGGGAGGAUGGCUCGAUGCGGUCGUUACAGAUCCGCCUUACUAUCGACCCCCUUCUCGCCCAUAUGAACUGGUCAACCUCACUCGCGAUCUCGUUCUUUUCGCUCGGUGGAUUCUUGUGCCAGGCGGACGGCUGGUCUUCUUCCUGCCGACGGUCUCGGAGGACUAUGAUGCGGUAGAUGUGCCGGUUGUGGAGGGUAUGCGGGAGCUCAAGUGGGGCGAGGGCAGUGUGCAGGACUUUGGAAAGUGGGGAAGAAGACUCAUCACGAUGGAGAAGACAGCGGAUGACGACGGGGCGAGACCAUCCUUCGAUGAUAGCGAGGCGGUCGAGGUGGACAGCGGAGCCAAGAUACCAGGGCAUUUCCAAUUCCGGGAAAGGUAUCACGAGAAAUUCACGCCUCGGCUGCAACCGUCCUCGAGUGCCGCUUCACCCGGACCAGAAACGUAA